UUACGGCAUCCCGCCAUUUUAUUUUUCAGAAACAAGCAGCUAGUCAGCUCGCACACAUUCAAGUAAUUGUCGCCAUACGGCCUUGGCACCCUGAGCGUACCGCAUUUAGUUUAUUGUUUGUCGACUUUUGCUUGAGUGAGUUGGUCCAGGAGACCUGCAUAUAUCGCACGCUUCUUCUGGUUCAUGGUCUGACAUUUUGUCAAGACAUUGGAGGAGAGAAGGUGAAAGAUGACGCAGUUUUUACCCCCGAAUCUGCUGGCCCUAUUCGCACCGCGGGACCCGAUACCUUUCCUGCCACAGCUGGAGAAGCUGCCCCACGAGAAACACCACAACCAACCGUACAGUGGCAUUGCACCGUUCAUCAGGCAUUUCGAGGAUCCAAGAGAUGCCCCACCACCAACAAGGGCAGAGACGCGCGAUGAGCGGCUGGAGAGAAAGAGGCGAGAAAAGAUCGAGAGGAGACAAGCAGUGGUGGAGACAGAACUCAAGCUUUGGGACCCCCAUAAUGACCCCAAUGCACAAGGGGAUGCCUUCAAGACAUUGUUUGUUGCACGAGUGAACUAUGAUACGACAGAGUCCAAGCUUCGCCGUGAGUUUGAGGUCUAUGGCCCCAUCAAACGGAUUUACAUAGUCUACAACAAGAGGACGGGGAAGCCACGCGGCUAUGCAUUCAUUGAGUAUGAGCAUGAACGAGACAUGCACUCCGCCUACAAGCAUGCCGAUGGGAAGAAGAUUGACGGUAGAAGAGUACUGGUUGACGUGGAACGUGGACGCACUGUGAAAGGAUGGCAUCCUCGCAGGCUGGGUGGUGGAUUGGGUGGCACUAGAAGAGGUGGAGCUGAUGUCAACAUUAAGCACUCCGGUCGAGAUGAUGCAUCACGUUAUGAAGAGCGCCCCAUAGUGGGUGAUCGGGAACCCCGAGAGCGGAGGGAGCGCAGCCGAGAGCGCGACCGGGACAAGGACAGAGGAGAGCGCCGCAGGUCCCGAUCCCGCGAACGCCGUCGGCGUACUCGAUCCCGGGAGCGAGAGAGAGAGAGACCGAUUGGAGGAGCAGAGGAGGUCAGCGGUAGUGGCGGCGGCGGCGGCGGCGGUGGUGGUGGUGGUGGUGGUAGUAGUGGUAGCCGGCGUCGAGAGCGGGAGAAGGACCGUGGGGCGGUGGCGGCAGCAGCGGGAGGAGACAGCAGGAGUAGGGAGAGGAGUCGAGAACGGAAGAGAAGGAGCAGGAGCAGGGAUCGCAAGAGAGACAGGGAGAGAGGCAAGGGGCUAGAUGGGGAGGAGGUCAGCCAGGGUGACGGGGCCCCUGAAGGUGGUGAGCGGGUGCUGGAGGAAAAUGAAGGAGAAGUGGGUGAGGGCAUGGAGGAGCGUAGGGACAGGGACAGAGACAGGGACCGCAGACGCAGCCACAGGGACAGAGAGAGGCGCAGGGGAGACCGGGACAGAGACAGGGAACAUAAGAGGGAGCGGGGGGAGAGGGACAGGGGGGACCGCAGAGAGGAGCGUCAUGGCUCCCUACGAGAUGACACGGGCCCCCAAGAUGACAUGGCCAAUGAGGAUGAGGGAGGAGCGCCGCCACACAUGGAGGAGUACAGUCAGGAUGGCAUGAUGGACCAGCAGUCGGUGCCAUCGGCUGACGGCUACGGCUCCAGUGAAAAUGGCUACAAGAUGGAGGGAGCGGGGGGAGAGGAGUACUGAGACAGCCCCUCACCCAGCAGACUCCCACUCAUAAAUAAGUUGUUUCAUACUAUACUUUAACUCUGCCCUUAACUUUUUACCAAGACACAGGAAGCCUAAAUGAUGUCAGGGCCUCUUCAGCACCAGGCUUCUAGCUAGCUUUCCUCCUGUCUGUCAAUAAUCUGUUGAAAUAUUCCUCUUAAUACUGUUGCACGCACAGUUGAUAACUGAUUUGGUCUCACAGAAGUUGCAGCUUUCCUGCAUUGUCCGACUAAUCCGUGCCACUAAAUGUUACCAGAUUACUUUUUACUUGAUUCACUCUAGAUAUGUUUUUUUCUUUUUCCACUUGGCUUGGGAUGAACUGUAGAAACACAAGCUCCAUUCGGUUUUAGAAGGGUAGAUUGUGUUGUCUUUUAUUUCCAGAUUCAUAAAACAGUUGGAUUGUAUGCUCAUUUGGAACCAAGUGACAAAUUUCCCCUCAAUGUAUGUGAAAUUGAUGGAGAUGUAGUAUUGUGUGACUAUUGAGGGCUGUUCUGUUUAUUCAUUCUGGAAUAAAAAAAAUUCUCUUUUUUUAUUAU